UGCAGCAUUUGUUACUUAAUAUUGUCACGCAGUAAAACGAAGCUAACUGGCAGAGCAAAACAUUUCCAGAUUGCUGCAUGUGACAACAACUACACAUUAAAACGUCCUUGUUGCUGCAAACCAAAAUCAAACAAGAUAAAUGAAGAGAGUUUUUCAAGAGGAGGUUUCAUUAUCUGUUUCCAGAGAAGGAAAUAUGUUUGAUACUCUUGGACUCAUUUGUAUGAUUUUGUGGUAUAUGAUGCUAUUUCAUCCCUUGCAUGCUGACAUCCAGUGUAUGGAGUCAGACAGACAGGAAUCAGCUAUUACAAAUGUGAAUGCGGACUGGAGAAAAAUGGAACUGUCCUGGGAGAGCAGCAGGAAUUUCUCUGAGUACAAGUGUAUCAUCAUGGACAGAGGCAUGGAAUAUAUGGACACAGAGGUGGAUAGUCCACUGUGCAGUUUUCCAGUGGAGCUAUACAUGCCUCUGCACAAAGGGAUAACCUUUAUCAUUGAAGUGCCAAACACAAACAUCUCAAAACAAUGCAGCUUUCUCCCUGGAGGCAUGAAGGGGUCAGCCAUUGAAAACUUCUCCUGUGUGAUUUAUAACAUCUUCCUCAUGAACUGCACUUGGCAGGCAGGAAGGGAUGCUCCAGCAGACACACAGUAUUUUCUCUACUGGCAGAAUUCAAGAGAUGAAUGUCAGCUUUACAUUAAAGAUGAAAAUUGCAGAAAUGUGGGAUGUAUCUUCCAAAAUGUGAGCAUAGGGAUGGAAAAAGCUUACUUCCUGGUGAAUGGGUCUAGCAAAGACUCCCUGAUCCAGUUCUAUGAUGAGUACAUUGACCUGUAUAAAAUUGAAAUACUCACUGCUCCAUUAAAUGUCACUGCCCAUUGUACCAGAGAUCCCAUGGGUUGCAUAAUUACGUGGCAUCCACCCCUUACAAGUCAUGUGGAAAACACAAAAUGUUUUCAGUAUGAACUUAACAUACAAAAUAAGGAUGACCCCAAAGAAGAGAAAAAGCUUCCUCGUGUAAGGAAUGACAGAUAUGAAUUCCAAAAUUACAAUGAGAAAAAAAGAUACACUCUGAAAAUCAGAGCACGUGGGAAAAACUGUCUCGUAAGCUCAAAUUGGGGGGAAUGGAGUGAACCCAUUGAGUUUGGUCAAGGGAAAGAUUACUUUAUUUUUGUGAUUUUAUUUCUGAUUGCACUUGGAACAAUCACAAUCACGCUUCUCCUGUAUUGUCUUUUCAAAAGGUACUGCAGUUCCAAGAACCUAUUUCCUCCCAUACCACAACCGAGAGACAAAUUCAAUGCAUUAACUGAUGAAGAUAUCCAGACAGAAUACUUAAAUCUACCAACAAAAAGUCAUACUGAGAAAAUAACUACAAUUGAAGAAUUUUAAGAAUUGAAGAAUUGAUCCAACUUUCCAAAAACACACCCAAUUCCCCAACAUGAAAGAAAACUGUGGAUCCUGCUGACAAGUACUUCAAACCAACCUAUAAAAGAAUGUAAUCACCUAUAGAACUGUUUGGCCCUUUAAAAUCCGCUUAAAAUGGAGCAGAUGAAAAAAGGGAGAAAAAUCACCGAAAAUCACUGAAAUUUGAUCUUUUCCCUUUGUUCAAACACACAUUGCCUGGCAACUAAGCUUUUCUGCAAGCAGCUACUUUGAAGAAGUGCUUAAACCUCACUAAGAGGUUCUUCACAAUGUGAGACAAACCUUCUUAACCAGAAUAAAGCUGUUUAUUGUCGUCAUUGCUAUGAAGCUUCUUUCCUCUCAUUAUAAUGAUAUCCUGUAGGCUGACAGCCUUGCUGUAUAAUGCCACAGCAAUUUUACUGUAACUUUUAUAUGGCCAGUAAUUUUCUAAAGCACAAACCAGCCAUUUAGAAUGUGCUUAAAUUUGCUCUUUGGUCUUCCAUCAGUACUACCAAGCUACCCCAAUAUGUGCAAUGAACUUUAUGCAAGACAAGAACGGAAAAUAUAUUUGUCAAAUAUAAUUAUUAAUAGUGUUCUCAGUCAGCCAUUUCAUGAGUAGUGUAACUUUAAACAGACCUCUGCAACACCAUGAUCCUGUGCAGUUUUCGUAUGCACUUAAGUAACAUAAUUAGCAUUGAAAGCCUUCAACAAAAUCUAGCAGUUGUGAGAAAUGAAAUAAAAUCUAAUAUUUAAUAGCUAGAUCUUAAAUGCAAAAAUUCCUCACAAAUGUAUUUGUUUCUCCCUUCAAAGGGUGCAAAUGCUAUUUUCAAUGCCUUUUAAAAAUAAUAUAGGCUUUAGAUGCCAGUAUUUUCUUUUACAAAAAGAAAACACUGUAUGUUUUCCUGUUUAUAUGAUUCAAAAGUAAUGAAUUUUCAGUGUUUCAAUAAGACAGAGAACAAAUGUGUUUUUUAAAAGUCUCAUUUAUUGUUUGCCUCUUACAUCCCUAAACUGCAUCACACACUGGAAAUUGCUGCUGCAUGACUAAGGGAAGCAUAUAUUAAAAAAAAAAAAAAGAACAAA